AUGCAAAAAAACUAUAUAUAUUCAACUCGCAUUCACGAACUUUCCACUUGUACCAUUUUGACUCCUAGAAUCUUAGAUAUCGCAAUUUUCGUCAAUAUGGAGAUCAAUAUUGCUAGAAUUCUUAGCUCAUUUGCCUGUUUUAACGGAAUUUUAAUUAUUCUAUUGAUUCGGCAAAAUAUCGCAUAUUGUGGCAGCACCCGGCGUUAUAAUUCGCAAACUACGGAUCAAGCCACUUCUUCAUUUAGUUCACUUCGUUCUAACAGGAAUAAUUCCAAUAAUUCAUCUACACCAGUUUCAGGUGUAGAUGAGAAUUCUGGUUCAUCUUCUGAUGGGACUUCUGGUUCUGAUUCUGGUUCAGGUGUAGAAUCAGGUGAGAACCAGGACCAGAGUGGAAGUCAAGACCAAGAUCAAAGUAAGGGAACAAGUGAAGGAACAACUGUAGAUCAAGGUCAAAGUCAGGACCAGAGUGGAAAUCAAGACCAAGAUCAAAGUAAGGGAACAAGUGAAGGAACAACUGUAGAUCAAGGUCAAAGUCAGGACCAGAGUGGAAAUCAAGACCAAGAUCAAAGUAAGGGAACAAGUGAAGGAACAACUGUAGAUCAAGAUCAAAGUCAAAGUCAGGACCAGAGUGGAAAUCAAGACCAAGAUCAAAGUAAGGGAACAAGUGAAGGAACAACUGUAGAUCAAGGUCAAAGUCAGGACCAGAGUGGAAAUCAAGACCAAGAUCAAAGUAAGGGAACAAGUGAAGGAACAACUGUAGAUCAAGAUCAAAGUCAAAGUCAGGACCAGAGUGGAAAUCAAGACCAAGAUCAAAGUAAAAAAUCAACUGAGAGUGAGGAACCAGGUGAAGGAGCUUCAACCACAACUAAAGAGCCCAAAAAACCCGGUGAAAAAGAAGCCAUUGAACUUGACUUUAAGGAUAAAAAGUCAACGGAUGCUUAUGAUUAUCUUUCUAAAGACGGCUUUGCCAAAUACACAGCUAAGUCUGGUUAUGGAUUCGCAUCUGUGAAAGUCAGAAGCGGGUUUUUUGGCUCAACAGCUUCUACUCUUUGGAGUUCUGAGAAUUCUAAAGAUUAUGCCACUGCAGUUGUUAGAGACGGAACUGCUACUUUCUCAAGUGCGAAGAAUGUUACAAUUUUCUUCGGCAACAACCACAGACACUUUACCAAGUCAGACAGUAAAUUUGUUCUUGACUCCGAUUUACGAUUUUAUGGAAACGAAACUUUCAGCACCCCUUCCCAACCCGAUGGUACAGACUACACAAAAAACGAUGGUGCAGAUGUGCUUACGUUCGAGUUUAAAGAUGAUAAAAAGUGUACUGAAUUUAAGUUUAUCCGAAGGAGUUUAGAAAACGACAAUUCUUCAAAAGUCGUUGUUGAGGAGGUCUCUGUAUGGAAACACCACGAUAAAUUAUAUGGAGAUAAAUACCCUAAACGGCUUAGAUACUACUUCCCUGAUACAAUCGCACUCACUUUUGAUGUUUCAUUCAUUGUCUUUACCAAGAAUGAUAAGGAAUGGACUGAGAAAGGUUUAUUUGACUUUAAAUUAUACGCCUAUGAUUCUGAUAAUAAACUGAUAGAACUCGAUGCUACAGCCUAUGAUAUAGCAGAUACAACCAAUGACCACGUGUUCACUUUUAAGGAGGAUGUCAAGCUUGUCGAGCUUAAACAUAAGGGGAAAGAAUUUUGGAAAUAUAAUGACAAAUAUCCUCUUGCUUUACGUUACAAGAAGGAUGGAUCCAAAUUCGUCAUGGGUUUUGCUGAUUCCUUUGCAGUUUUCGAAAUGGAUAGUGAUAACAAUGUCCAAGAAACGGAGUUUUUCAUCAAGCUAUACCAUCAAGAUCCUAACGACUUUACUAAGACUGUGGAAAUACAUGGAGCUGAUUACGACCUUAAUGAAGAAGAUGAUAAAUUCAGCUUUGUAAUUGAUCAGAAGGUUAAAUGUUCAAUGGUUAAGGUGGACGGAAAAGAAUUGUGGACUUACGACCCUUCUAAUCCGGAUGAUUCUUUUUCCACUGAAGUGUUAUAUUGGAAGGAUAGGAAUAAGGUGAUUAUUGACUGUCCAAAAUACUUUAAUAUGUAUCAAAAUGGCUCUGAUGGUGAAUUUGACAAUGGUAAACGUUUUGAUAUUAAACUUUAUUCCAAAGAUCCCAACAUUACUCAAUUGGUUCCUUUGAAUCACUCCAUGUAUGAUUUGAUAGAAGAUUCUAACAAAUAUCAGCUUAAAUUUAAAGAGGAUGCCAAAUUUUCUUCUAUUAAAUUUUCUGAUAGUGAGAUUUGGAAACAUGACCAAUCCAAGCAUGGUGAUGAACAUCCUAAACGUCUUAGAUACUAUCCUGAUAAAUUGGCACUCACUUUUGAUAAUUCGUUCAUUGUUUAUACCAAGAAUGAUGAUGGGAAAUGGGAAGGGGGAGAUUUGUUUGACUUCAAAUUAUACGCCAAUGACUCUGAUAAUAAUUUAAUAGAACUCGAUGCUACAGCCUAUGAUAUAACAGAUUACCCCAGUGAACAUGUUUUCAGCAUUAAGGAGGAUGUUAAGCUUGUUGUGCUUAAACAUAAGGGCAAAGAAUUUUGGAAAUAUAACCCUUCUAAACUUAGCCAAUAUCCUGAUUCCUUGCGCUACAAGAAGGAUGGUUCCGCAUUGUUUGUAAAUUUUGGCACUCUUUUUGUAUUGGCUGCCAAGGAGGCUCGACUCCCAGAUGACAUUAAAUACAAUUUAUUCACGCUUGAUAUCAAAAACCAAGAAAGCGCCGAUGAGUAUAAGUACGAGUACAAGGUGUCGAAUAACAGCCACACCUUUACGAGCAAUCUAGGAUAUUUAAUAGACAAGGUCACCAAAGGUGAUUUGGUGCUGUGGGAAGCCAAAGACUAUGGGAACGAGUACGGUAGCAGCGUGUUCGUAGGACCAAAUGAAAACGGAGAAAGAGUUUUCAGAGUAAAGUUCGCAGGCCCAGGGCCCAUAUCCACAGAGGAUUUCGGAAAGCCUGUUGAUCCAAACGCAGUUCCCAGGCCCACAAGGCCAAUCAAGUAUUCAAACUUGGGAACGAAGAGGGAGAACUACGACGUCCCAGUGUCCGAAAGCGAAGCAGAGGAACGAGAGGAAGUCGACGCCGAGCAUAUGAUAGCCUUGAAUAUCAAGAAGAAAGAGUCCUCAAAAUUCGUCACGUACGAAAAAGAUGAGGAAAACGAAGUUGAGAGCUUCACUGCAAAGGAGCCCUACAGGUUCUGCUUCCUGAUGAAGGGGGAGCGCAAGGUCUGGAGCUACGAAAGCGGCGAGUUCCCGAAUAAGGCUUCCAUAAUGAGAGACGACAGGGGAGAACGUUUCCUGAGGUUGCAGUACAUCAAGCCUGAGGAGGCAGUCGUGAAAAAGGACAAGCUUGCGGGCGUGAGUCCCAAAAAGAUCGAGGAACUCAGGGAGCGCACCAAGAGCGGAGUCGAUCUCUUCAUGAAUAACAGCUCGUACAACUUCAACUACUACCACAACGGUUGCAUUCACGACUUCAAGGCGGCCCCCGAAUACCUGUUCGACAGAGUGACGAUAAGAGGCACUGAGUUGUGGAGAGCCAAAGACGAGAGCGAGUACUCGCACAGAGUCCGAAUGAUCAAGUACGGCUUCGGCAUGUUCGAGGUCGACAUCCACGGGUACAUUGGCGGCCUGAAGAAGUUAAUCAAAAAUUUCUCAAUCCCCUGGCAGUGCCUCGACAUGAGUAAGCCAGUGUACACCGGCCUCGUAAUGAACGCCAUGUGGACAUCUUACGCAAUGAUAGUUAAAAAGCACGACGGGUACAGAGUGUACACCCCGAGACCCGGCUUUUACUUUGACCACGUUAUGGAAUGGAAAAGAUCUGGUGUCAUCCUUAUCUGGGAAACAGAGUACCACAGCUGCUGCUCAAACAAGGUCAUUGUCACUGGCCUAGGGCCUACCAAGACCCUAUCAGUCAUCAUAUACACGCUUGAGGGUAGAAAAAUCUACUACUCCAAGGCAGGAAAUUCAUGGCAUAUUCGUGAAUCGUAUAAAACAUUAACGCCCGUCGCCGACGCGGCCUUCGUCACUGCAUUACCGCCGCUGAAUAUUCGCAGUCGACGCCACUGGCCGUUUAAUCGCCGAUUAGUCCUGGUGUGUGGUCGAAAGUGGUACCUUUAG